GUGCCUUUGGUUUUGAGCUGUCAAAAUUAAAUGUCAAAAAAUAUAAUGUUCUACUUUUAGUUUAUUAGUUUUUAUAUCAUUUUUUUUACAAUUUUAAAUAGAAAAUCAAAAAAAUAAGAUGCAUUUUAUCAUUAGACUAUAAUAUUAAAAUAAUAAUGGAUACUCCUUCGUAUCAGAAAUUAGAACAACGAUUUCGAAAUAUGAACUAUGAAAGCAAUGAAAGUCAAUCAAAUGAUGAUAUUUAUGAUGUAAAUCCUCAUUCAAUUUAUAAUAUUACAGAACCGCCAACUGAAGAAGAUCCAUUGACAAAAGAAAGGAGUGAUAAAUGUUGCAGUUGUAAAUGUUCAAAAAGUGGAUUUGGAAUAAUUUGUUGUUGUUUUUUUAUUUUAACCGUUGCAAUUACAGCGGCAUUAAUUUUACAAUUGAGAUAUGGUGAUAAUAUUCCACAGGGUACAAUAGUUCAUGGAGCUGUUGCUUCAGAUUAUACAAAUUGCUCUCAAAUUGGAACAAAAAUACUCAGAAAAGGGGGUAAUUCAAUAGAUGCUGCAAUUGCUGCCACUAUUUGUAUGACUGUCGUUGCGCCACAUAUAACGGGUCUUGGCGGAGGAGGAUUUAUGAUGAUUUACAAUCAAAGGGUUCAAGAAACUCCUGUUAUUGUUGAUUUUGUGAAAAACACUGUUGAUGGACAAUUUGGAAAAGCUAAUACGAGAAUACCGGGAUUAUUAAGAGCCUUAGAAAUACAACAAGCAUUGCGGGGUAAAUUAUCAUGGCAAGAACUAAUUGAACCUUCAAUUGCAUUGGCUAGAAAUGGUUUUAUAGUUUCGAGGGAAUUUGCUAAUGAAAUAUCAAAACAAACUGAUUAUGAAAAAAUAUUUAAACCAAUUUAUGGUGGGGAAACUUUUGCAAUGAAAAAUCUUGCUAAUACUUUAGAAAUAAUCGCUCAACAUGGUGCUGAUGUCAUUUACAAUGGUUCAUUGUCAAUUAGUAUUACUCAGAAAAUUGGCACCGACGAGGCACUUUUAAAUGAUUUGGCAAAUUACAAACCACAAGAAUAUACAGCAAAUAAAAUAAUGCUCUUUGAACACACAAUAUUUUAUCCACCUCAUGAAAAUCUUUUAGAAUUAUCCUUGAGAGAUUUAGACAAACUCCACAUCCAGAAAAUUAAUGCAUCCACGAUUGAGACACAAAAACAAGUCGCCGAUACUCUCAUUAAUGGAAAUCUCAUCAGUCAAGAUUUAAAUAUAUCGCAACGUAAAUACACUGGCGUCGUAGCAAUUGAUUGGCAAGAUACUUAUGUAUCAAUUGUAACAGGUUUAAACAAACCGUUAAACCUGUCUUUAUUUUUGGAUAUCGGAUUUUUUCUGGAUACUGUUGACGAUGUUGACGAAUUAAUGACUUUAACUCCAAUAUUGUUUCAUGACAAUGUUCCUAAUUGUGGAUUAAGUGGUUCGUUUAAUUCAGAUGAUCCUAUUGUCACUGGACAAAUUCUUUAUAAUUACCUUGCACGUGGAAUGAAUCUGUCAACGACAAUAGAAUCUGCAAGAUAUUAUUUAUUACCUGACGGUGUAACGGUUGAACCUGAUAGCACUUUUGCCAUUGAUACGGCAGUUACAAAAAAUUUAAAUAUUAUUAACUCAUCACGUGUUAAUGGAAAUUCUAUAUUGAAGAGCAUAAAUAUGAUUACAAAAAGAGGAAAUACAAUAUCAAGUCAUUCAGAUAGUAGGGGAGAAGGUUUGGCUUCACGUUUUUAAAAAUCAAAUUCAUUUUGUAAAUGAAGUUUUUUUAAAUCAAUGUUUCUUGGAAAAACAUUACAGACUAAUGGGACAUUUAGAAUAUUUACAAAAAUCUAUUGUGUACUUAAAACACACUGUUAAACUGUAUUUAUUAGCUGUAAUUU